GGCCGGGCCGGGGGCCCGCAGCCGUCACGCGGUGCCGCCGUCAGAGCGCCGAGAGCAGCCCGGGAGCGGCAGCAGCUCCGCGCUCGGGGACCCGCGCCCAUGCCCGUGCUCAUGCCGGGCCGCCGCCACUGACGCCGGAGAGGUGUCUCCUGUGCCCGCUGAGGCUCCCGCCGCCACUAGGAGUGACCCACAAAGGCCGCAGAGAUGGCUGGGGCCUCGGUGAAGGUGGCGGUGCGCGUCCGCCCCUUCAAUUCCCGAGAAAUGAGCCGCGACUCCAAGUGCAUCAUCCAGAUGUCCGGAAGCACCACCACCAUCGUUAACCCCAAACAGCCCAAGGAGGUGCCCAAGAGCUUCAGCUUCGACUAUUCCUACUGGUCACACACUUCGCCGGAAGACAUGAACUACGCCUCGCAGAAGCAGGUGUACCGCGACAUUGGCGAGGAGAUGCUGCAGCACGCCUUCGAGGGCUACAACGUCUGCAUCUUCGCCUACGGGCAGACCGGGGCCGGCAAGUCCUACACCAUGAUGGGCAAGCAGGAGAAGGACCAGCAGGGCAUCAUCCCGCAGCUCUGUGAGGACCUCUUCUCCCGAAUCAACGACACCACCAACGACAACAUGUCCUACUCCGUGGAGGUCAGCUACAUGGAGAUCUACUGCGAGCGUGUCCGUGACCUCCUGAACCCCAAGAACAAGGGCAACCUGCGCGUGAGGGAGCACCCGCUGCUGGGGCCCUACGUGGAGGACCUGUCCAAGCUGGCUGUCACCUCCUACAAUGACAUCCAGGACCUCAUGGACUCAGGGAACAAGGCCCGGACCGUGGCGGCCACGAACAUGAACGAGACCAGCAGCCGCUCCCACGCCGUCUUCAACAUCAUCUUCACGCAGAAGCGCCAUGACGCAGAGACCAACAUCACCACAGAGAAAGUGAGCAAAGUCAGCCUGGUGGACCUGGCCGGGAGCGAGCGGGCCGACUCCACGGGGGCCAAGGGCACGCGCCUCAAGGAGGGGGCCAACAUCAACAAGUCCCUGACCACCCUGGGCAAGGUCAUCUCCGCGCUGGCCGAGAUGGACUCUGGGCCCAACAAGAACAAGAAAAAGAAGAAGACAGACUUCAUUCCCUACAGAGAUUCGGUGCUGACCUGGCUUCUCCGGGAAAACCUGGGUGGGAACUCGCGGACGGCGAUGGUGGCGGCGCUGAGCCCCGCAGACAUCAACUACGAUGAGACGCUGAGUACCCUGAGGUACGCGGACCGGGCCAAGCAGAUCCGCUGUAACGCCGUCAUCAACGAGGACCCCAACAACAAGCUGAUCCGCGAGCUGAAGGAUGAGGUGACGCGGCUGCGGGACCUGCUGUACGCCCAGGGGCUCGGUGACAUCGCCGACACCAACACUGUGCCCGGAGGACCCAAAUACGUGUCCGACCUUGAGAACAGUAACUGUAACCGUGGCGGGGUGGAGCUGAGUGCAGUCCCUGACAAUCUCUCCACAGUGACCAACGCCCUGGUGGGUGUGAGCCCGUCGUCCUCGCUCUCGGCCCUGUCCAGCCGUGCCGCCUCUGUGUCCAGCCUGCACGAGCGCAUCUUGUUUGCCCCGGGCAGUGAAGAGGCCAUAGAAAGGCUGAAGGAGACGGAGAAGAUCAUCGCUGAGCUCAAUGAGACCUGGGAGGAGAAGCUGCGGCGGACGGAAGCCAUCCGGAUGGAGAGGGAAGCACUGCUGGCCGAGAUGGGCGUGGCCAUGAGGGAGGACGGCGGCACCCUGGGGGUGUUCUCUCCCAAAAAGACGCCGCAUCUCGUCAACCUGAAUGAGGACCCGCUCAUGUCCGAGUGCCUUCUCUACUACAUCAAGGAUGGGAUCACCAGAGUGGGCCGGGAAGGCGCAGAGAAGCGGCAGGACAUAGUCCUGAGCGGACACUUCAUCAAGGAGAAGCACUGCGUCUUCCGGAGCGACUCCCGAGGGGGCGGUGAAGCCGUGGUGACCCUGGAGCCCUGUGAAGGGGCAGACACCUACGUCAAUGGCAAGAAAGUCACGGAGCCCAGUGUCCUGCGGUCAGGAAACCGCAUCAUCAUGGGAAAGAGCCACGUGUUCCGGUUCAACCACCCUGAGCAGGCAAGGCAGGAGCGUGAGCGCACGCCCUGCGCGGAGACGCCCGCCGAGCCCGUGGACUGGGCCUUCGCCCAGCGCGAGCUGCUGGAGAAGCAGGGCAUCGACAUGAAGCAGGAGAUGGAGCAGAGGCUGCAGGAGCUGGAGGACCAGUACCGCCGGGAGCGCGAGGAGGCCACCUACCUCCUGGAGCAGCAGAGGCUGGACUACGAGAGCAAGCUGGAGGCCUUGCAGAAGCAGAUGGGCUCCCGGGGCUACCCGGAGGCGAAUGAGGAGGAGGAGGGGCCGGAGGACGAAGUCCAGUGGACGGAGAGGGAGUGUGAACUGGCGCUGUGGGCCUUCCGGAAGUGGAAGUGGUACCAGUUCACGUCCCUGCGGGACCUGCUGUGGGGCAACGCCAUCUUCCUCAAGGAGGCCAACGCCAUCAGUGUCGAGCUCAAGAAGAAGGUCCAGUUCCAGUUUGUCCUCCUUACGGACACACUGUACUCCCCACUGCCGCCUGACCUGCUGCCCCCAGAGGCCGCCAAAGACCGAGAGACUCGCCCCUUCCCCCGAACCAUCGUGGCCGUGGAGGUCCAGGACCAGAAGAACGGGGCCACCCACUACUGGACGCUGGAGAAGCUCAGGCAGCGGCUGGACCUGAUGCGGGAGAUGUACGACCGGGCGGCCGAGGUGCCCUCCAGCGUCAUCGAGGACUGUGACAACGUGGUGACUGGUGGAGACCCCUUCUACGACCGCUUCCCCUGGUUCCGGCUCGUGGGCAGUUCAGUCACCUCUGGCUGCAACAGCUACCCUCUUCUCAACACAUGCAUGAGCGAGCGCAUGGCUGCUCUCACCCCCUCCCCCGCCUCCUCGAGCCCCGACUCCGACGCUGCCGAGCCUGCUGAGGAGCAGAGCGUGGGGGAGGAGGAGGACCUGGAGGACGACGUCUUUCCGGAGCGCAUGCCGUGCGACGGCCGGGACCCGUUUUACGACCGGCCCCCCCUGUUCAGUGUAGUAGGAAGGGCCUUCGUGUACCUGAGCAACCUGCUGUACCCCGUGCCCCUGGUGCACCGUGUGGCCAUCGUCAGCGAGAAGGGCGAGGUGAAGGGCUUUCUCCGCGUGGCCGUCCAGGCCAUCUCAGCCGACGAAGAGGCCCCUGAUUACGGCUCCGGCGUCCGCCAGUCGGGAACCGCCAAAAUCUCCUUUGACGACCAGCAUUUUGAGAAGUUCCAGUCCGAGUCCUGCCCCGUGGUGGGGAUGUCCCGCUCGGGGACCUCCCAGGAGGAGCUGCGGAUCGUGGAGGGCCAGGGCCAGGGUGCUGACGCGGGGCCCUCGGCCGAUGAGGUCAACAACAACACCUGCUCAGCAGUGACCCCGGAGGGCCUCCUGGACAGCCCCGAGAAAGCCACCCUGGACGGGCCCCUGGACGCCGCCCUGGACCACCUCGGCCUGGGCAGCACCUUCACCUUCCGCGUGACCGUCCUGCAGGCGUCCAGCAUCUCCGCCGAGUACGCCGACAUCUUCUGCCAGUUCAACUUCAUCCAUCGCCAUGACGAGGCCUUCUCUACGGAGCCCCUGAAGAACACGGGGAGGGGGCCCCCACUCGGCUUCUACCACGUCCAGAACAUCGCCGUGGAGGUGACCAGGUCCUUCAUCGAGUACAUCAAGAGCCAGCCCAUCGUGUUCGAGGUCUUCGGUCAUUACCAGCAGCACCCGUUCCCGCCCCUCUGCAAGGACGUGCUCAGCCCCCUGAGGCCCUCGCGCCGCCAUUUCCCACGGGUCAUGCCUCUGUCCAAGCCAGUGCCCGCCACCAAGCUCAGCACGCUGACGCGGCCCUGCCCCGGGCCCUGCCACUGCAAGUACGACCUGCUGGUCUACUUCGAGAUCUGUGAGCUGGAGGCCAAUGGCGAUUACAUCCCUGCAGUGGUGGACCACCGUGGCGGGAUGCCGUGCAUGGGGACCUUCCUGCUUCACCAGGGCAUCCAGAGACGGAUAACCGUGACCUUGCUGCACGAGACAGGCAGCCACAUUCACUGGAAGGAAGUGCGAGAGCUGGUCGUGGGUCGCAUCCGAAACACCCCGGAAACCGACGAGUCCUUGAUCGACCCCAACAUCUUGUCCCUCAACAUCCUCUCGUCUGGAUACAUCUACCCGGCCCAGGACGACCGGCAGUUUCUUGAUUCGGACAUGCCUAGCGUUUCGUUCGGAAGUGACACUAGGACCUUCUACCAGUUUGAGGCUGCGUGGGACAGCUCCAUGCACAACUCCCUCCUGCUGAACCGGGUCACCCCUUACCGAGAGAAGAUCUACAUGACCCUCUCUGCUUACGUUGAGAUGGAGAACUGCACACAGCCGGCCGUCAUCACCAAGGACUUCUGCAUGGUCUUCUACUCCCGCGAUGCCAAGCUGCCGGCCUCGCGCUCCAUCCGCAACCUGUUCGGCAGCGGGAGCCUGCGGGCCUCGGAGAGCAAUCGCGUGACGGGCGUGUACGAGCUCAGCCUGUGCCACGUGGCCGACACGGGCAGCCCAGGGAUGCAGCGGCGGCGCCGGCGGGUGCUGGACACGUCCGUGGCCUACGUCCGGGGCGAGGAGAACCUGGCAGGCUGGAGGCCGCGGAGCGACAGCCUCAUCCUGGACCACCAGUGGGAGCUGGAGAAGCUGAGCCUCCUGCAGGAGGUGGAGAAGACCCGGCACUACCUGCUGCUGCGGGAGAAGCUGGAGACGGCCCAGCGGCCUGCUCCCGAGACCCUGUCCCCCAUCUCCAGCGAGGACUCCGAGGCCCACAGCUCGUCCAGCUCCCCGCUCGCGGCUGCGGGCCGGCCGUCGUCCCUGGAGGCUCCCAACGAGAGGCAGCGGGAGCUGGCGGUCAAGUGCUUACGGCUCCUCACCCACUCCUUCAACAGAGAGUACACCCACAGCCACGUCUGCGUCAGCGCCAGCGAGAGCAAGCUCUCCGAGAUGUCUGUCACCCUGCUGCGGGACCCGUCCAUGUCCCCUCUGGGGGCGGCCACGCUCACCCCCUCCUCCACCUGCCCCUCCCUGGUCGAGGGCCGGUACGGGGCUGCUGAACUGAGGACCCCACAGCCCUGCUCCCGGCCGGCCAGCCCAGAACCUGAGCCCCUGCCGGAGAUGGAUUCCAAGAAGUCCCCUUCCCCUGCCCGGGCAACGGAGGCCGACAAGGAGCCCCGGCGCCUGCUGGUGCCCGACAUCCAGGAGAUCCGGGUCAGCCCGAUCGUCUCCAAGAAGGGGUACCUGCACUUCCUGGAGCCGCACACGGCUGGCUGGGCCAAGCGCUUCGUGGUGGUGCGGCGGCCCUACGCCUACAUGUACAACAGCGACAAGGACGCCGUGGAGAGGUUUGUGCUCAACCUGUCCACAGCCCAGGUUGAGUACAGCGAGGACCAGCAGGCGAUGCUCAAGACCCCCAACACGUUCGCCGUGUGCACGGAGCACCGGGGCAUCCUGCUGCAGGCCAGCAGCGACAAGGACAUGCACGACUGGCUGUACGCGUUCAACCCCCUCCUGGCGGGGACCAUACGGUCCAAGCUCUCCAGGAGGAGGUCUGCCCAGAUGAGGGUCUGAGCCGAGCCCUCCUGGACAGCCAGCAGGCCCGGCCCCGCUCUCCCACCCUCGUCACCAUCUGUCGUGUCAUCCGCCGCCCAGCCCUGCUCCCAGCAGACAGCCAACGCGCCCCCUCCUCCUGGGGAUGCCCGCGCUGGGCCCCAAAAGACCUCUUCUGGCCGGGGACCUGCCACACGACCUGUCGUGCUCCCAGCAGAGGCCGCGUUUGUUGUCCUUUCUUCAUUCAGAACGCACCCUGGGUGGGAAGAGCUGGGAGACGCCAGGAAGGCCAGAGGACAGGAGCCACGGGGGCAUCGCUGCCGUUCUAAUAUUUUUUUAAGCAUAGACAGACUCUAAUUAAUAUACAUCAGUUAGUGACACUGAAACAGCCCACUCGGAAGUUAACUGUAAGACUGUUUUAUUUAUAAGUGUGCACCUCUAAUGCCCUCACCUAGACCCGCAGGGCUCAGGUGGACCCACCCCGCUUGCUCCCAAACGCACCUCCCAAGCUUCUUGGGGACACACAAGGCGGGGCAGCCGCCUGGGAAGACCACAGUGAGGUGGUGUCUGGACAGGCCGGGCGCCUCCUGGUUGGCACCACGGGGCACCUGCCCGGCCUGAGCUGAGGCCUCUGCCCAGCGGCACGUGGGGCAGGCCCUGGUCCCAGGGCGUGUGUGUGUGUGCGUGUGUGUGCGUGUGCGUGUGUGUGUCUGGGGGGUCUGAUGCCUGAGGUCUGAGCAGCGCAGAAGGUGGGUGCAUCCUCCUCGCAGGAGGGAGGACCCACGUCUCACCUGGACAGCAGCUACCCGAGGUGUGACUGUCCCGGUGACGCCGGCAGCCCGUCCCUGGCGACAUGUGGGACAGCCCGUCCCUGGCGGCAUGUGGGGCAGCCCGUCCCUGGCAGGAUGUGGGGCAGCCCGUCCCUGGCAGCAUGUGGGGCAGCCCGUCCCUGGCAGCAUGUGGGGCAGCCCGUCCCUGGCGGCAUGUGGGAGGUGAGGCAGCAGGCGCCUGGCUGGCAGCUGUCCUGGUGGGAACCAAACGGGAGAGUGGUCAGGGUCCCACCGGGAGUGUCACGUGUCCAGGCCGGCUGGGUGCGGGGAGCUGUGUUUAGAGGUGGUCCAGGCAGUGAGGGGCUUCUGGUGCGGCGUCUGCAGCCACUGUGAGACCCGGGGUGAGCUCCAGGGAAGGAAUCGUGACUUCCCCUCUUUGCCCCAAGAGCGGAGUUUCUGAGUCCUGGUGAGAAAACUCCAUGGGGUCAGGUGAGGGCAGCCAGUGCUGGGGUCAUCCGUCAUCAAGGGGGCUUCCUCCUGUAUCCGAGGGUGUCACCCUUGUCUUGUUCCGCCCUCUCGUGACAAUAUCCAUUUCGUCCCCUUUGCAGACCCCAUGCCUGAGGGUUGCCCGAGACCGGGCAGGAGCCAGCCCCGGGCUCAGAGUCUGGUCGUGUGUCAUGCCCAGGCCAUAAGCCCUUCAGAGAAACCACGGGGUCUUCAGUGACCUGUUCCUACACUCAGAGGCACAUUCAGCCACCGCAGCACAAGACCCGCCCCUACCACGUCCCCCAAGAGGGGGUGACGGAGGGUUCACAUUCCAGACUGAAGUCAAACACUGUCCAGAAACCAGCAGGCCUGUGCCCCCCGCACAGGGCUUCCCUGGAGGCAGAGGCCAAGACGCAGAGGCAGAGGGGACAGCACACUCUGGAGCAAGCGCUGACGCGGGCCACCACGAUGGCCUUGAGGGCAGGGAGGAGAGACAGGUGGGGUGAGUUGCUCUAAGAUGGGUCGGUUCCGAGAGCCCCUCCUUCCUGCGGGGAGAUUGGAGGUGCAGGGCCAGGCCACGGCCACUCAGGUCAGCCAGCCUGAGGCGGAGGCCUCCUGAGAGUCUGAGGCCCUCUCACCCCGGGCACAGGUGUCUGGGGCCAGCCAACCUGCAGAGCACCCGCUGAGUGGGGCAGGGGGCCCCCCGGAGGGUUUCUGGGAACCGCCCCCAAUUCAGGGGCCUCCACGGCCAUGGAGGCCUCCAGGGCUGCUUCGUCUGGGCCUUGCGCCGUCUUGGCAGUGACUCGGAACCAGGUGUGGCCCACCUGGUGGCCCCUACCCGCCACCACUUCCUCCUCUCAGGCCAGCUCCACGCGAGGGCCUGGGUCCGAGAAUCCCGUGUGUAGUCAGGAAAGCUGCUCUCUCGUGCCCGGUGUCACGUAAGCCAGAGACGAGUGGUUUGGGACUCAGUUGCCACAUCUGUGACAUGGGAGGCUGGUCUGGAGGCCCGUGAGGGUCCUCAGGUUGUGGGGUGCAGACAGGAAAGUCAGGUCUGGCUGUGGCUGCUGUGUCCUGCGAGCGGGGAAGGAGAGAAAGAUCCAGAAAGCCGGCUCUCUUGGACGGGUUUCGGUGCAGGGCUUGCUGCCGCCCAGGCUGCAGCCUCAUUGUGCUUGAGGCCGUGCUCGCCUGGAGAGGGCUCUCUGUCCCCCAGGGAGGGGUGGGCUCCUUCCGCUGUGGGCCUAGUAGGAGCCCCAGGGAGGGAGAUGCUGGGCUCCCGGCUCCAAAGCGAUCCGGCUGGUGCCCAGGGCCGGCUACCGAGACGCUCGUAAGCUUCAAGGCCUCUCUGUUCUGAGUAAUCAUUGUCUCACUCACCGACAAUGCGUGCGUGCGCGCACACGCACACGCACACGCACGCACACGCGCACGCACACGCACGCACGCGCACGCGCGCGCACGCACACGCACACGCACGCACACGCGCACGCACACGCACGCGCACGCGCGCGCACGCGCACGCACACGCACGCGCACACGCGCACACACACACACACACACACACACACACACCCCAGGGCGGCUGCAGUGACGUGGUCUCCCGGCAGUCCGCGUCCCCCCUCGACACCUCUGGGGCGGAUGUCGCAAGGCACUCGGGGAGGGUCCCCAAACGUCGCCCAUGCUGCAGGCACGGGCAGGGUGGCCACGCUGGUCCUCCGUCAGCUCUCCUCAGUGUGGGGACCCCGCAGGCACCCUCCUGUAUCCCUGGGGCUGGGCCACGUGUUCCCCCGGGAGAGACGACAGGCUGUGGCUUCUUCCCAGUCCGUGCGUCCUGCGGCCAACUGUCCCCUGAGUUCCCCUGUGGCUUGUACAUACGUGGUUGUGUGGCACACCCCAGCCCCUGCACUGUAACUGCCAUCCUGAUGUAAUGACUAGUUCCCUGAUGUCCGAAACCCAAGUGUUAGGCUCUAGGCUCCUGUGCGAUGUGUGUGCACUUAAGGCUCUGUCCAGUUAAGAAAUAAACAUGGCUCUUCAUGCAACACCAGA